GGGCCGUCAGUCAUCGAGCAGCUGCACCGCCUCCGCGUCAUAAAGGCUCGCUUGCAUGCGGACAGCCGCUAGUUGGCUAACGACAUCGGCAGUUCGAGCUUCGUGGUCCGGGUUCCGCCACCUGGCACACAUCUAUCCGUCCCCCGAGGGAACAGCAACAGUUAGGGGAAGACUAUUGAAACAAGUCACUGCUUUGUGGUAGAAAUAAUAAUAAAUAACAAAACUAAGCUGCUUUAAAAGUAGCCACUUUACGAACUCCGCGCAUACGUAAUUGCUUUAGCUUGUAGGCUAACUGUGCUAGCUCGAGGAGAAAGGCCGCCGAGUUGACACUUGCGUCGGUGAAUUGAGGAGCAAGUGAAGCAUCCUGGCACCAUCACGCCUGGCCUUCAUCGCUGAGACCAUUAAGGGCAUAAUUUCAAGAGAGGAUGGCUUUGAAAAGGAUUAACAAGGAGCUUCAUGACCUGGCUCGUGACCCCCCAGCACAGUGCUCCGCUGGCCCAGUGGGUGAUGACAUGUUUCACUGGCAAGCCACAAUCAUGGGACCUAGUGACAGUCCAUAUCAGGGGGGUGUUUUCUUCUUGACUAUUCAUUUCCCAACAGACUACCCCUUCAAACCACCCAAGGUUGCGUUCACAACAAGAAUUUACCACCCAAAUAUUAACAGUAACGGCAGUAUCUGUCUGGACAUUCUCAGAUCACAGUGGUCUCCAGCACUUACUAUUUCUAAAGUUCUUCUCUCCAUUUGCUCACUCCUAUGCGACCCCAACCCUGAUGACCCCCUAGUGCCAGAGAUUGCACGAAUCUACAAAACGGAUAACACCAAGUACGCCAAAAUGGCAAAAGAAUGGACACAAAAAUAUGCAAUGUGAUGGCAUGGUCUGGAAAAAUGUUUUCUGUUUCAGACUGAAAAUUUGAGGAUUUUUUUUUCUUUUUCACUCUGGGUUUUUUUGUUUUUUUUUGGUUAAUCAGCAUUUUACACCCUCCUUCUUUCCCCCCACCUGUGCGCUAAUAAGAAGAUAGUGUUUGCUCUCAGGACAUGCGCCAGUUUCUGGGAAUUUUUCUAUCUGGAGUUUAAAGUAACGUUGGUUGCAAACACCCACUGUGUGCAUGAGCAAUUUUGUUAAUACAUACACACACAAACAAAUACAUAGACCAGCGGGAAAGUUGUAAUUCCCAACAUCAAAAUAUGCUUGAUUUUAAUUUGACGAGAAGAUUGAUAGGAAAAAUGCUGAAACUGGCUCGUGGCUCCUGUGAGCGUGUGUAGGAUCGAUGGCAUCACAACCUCUUUCUGAUCACUAGCAUAGGAAACUAUUACCCCAGGAAAGAAGCGUAUCUUCUUCCACUAUCGAGGCGUGUACAGAGAAAGCACUGCAGUCUAUUCAGUGUUAAGGAAACAAAAUAUAAGUACCUCAAUGUUGUAUUUUAUGCAUGUUAAUCAAGGUAGGCUACUAUAUCUGAUGUUGCUGCAAGUUAAGAGCAUUGUAAGGCCCAACACUUGGAAGAAUUUGGUUCCCCUCCGAGGUGUUCUAUUACUUUAAUUUUUUAUUUUUUUUCCAUACUCUAGACGCCAGUAGACGAGCUCUUAGCUUACGCCCACUUGAACACUGUCUUCUUGUAGCCCUCAAAGUAUUGAUGCUAAGCCGAUGGUUGAUAAUCAACUUGUGGCUCUGUUUUUAGUUUUCCCUUCAAUAAAGUUACUUAAACCUUAA